AUGGAUCUCUAUGAGGAGAACCUAGGUGGUGAAGCAGAAGAUGGCCCGCAGAAGGUGAGAGUAGUUCCUUAUGGGGUGCGCACUCGUUACACGAAGCCGGUGUACAAGUUCAGGGACGAGAUCACGGUAGCAUUCUUGGAGUCCAAGAUCGUUGAAGCUUGGCGGGAGCAUGAGGCCACUUACGGAUCGCCCCUUGAAGGAGACGAAGAUGUAGUCUUUCCAGAUGGGACAUCCCGAAAAUUGUUCAGCAUAGUCCCCCGACAGAGACUCAGGAGGAAGAGCCAUGCUGAACAGCUUCCCGUUGGUUCAGGAAGGGCCGCUGCAUCCACGAGCCCAGUGGAGGUCAGAGGCCCGGAUGAGGGAAACAGCGAGAUGGAGGUGUGGAUCGUGGUCUACAGUUCCAACCGAGAGCUGAUAGGCAGCCAAGUUUCUUCAUCCAGUGAGGUUCCAACGGUGCGCGUCGGUGGGCAGGCUUACAAGAUCUUCGCCAAGGACGGUCAGGUUUUGGUGGUGAGAGGCUGUUCGGCGUUGGAGGCACCAGGGGUGAGUCAGGAGGUUCUCCCAAAAACUACAGCUGAACUUGGUGGGGAACGUGACAUCAGGGUACUUCCUGUCCUCUUUGAUGCAGCUGAAGAAAGAUGGCGAACCUUGAGCGAGGGGCUUCCUGACUUUGAAGAGGUGGAGUUUGAAGAUUUUCCUCUACAAGGACCGCGCACCAUGUACCGUGAUGCGAGGCAGCUACGGCGGCUGGGAAUGAGCUUCGUUCAACAUCACGAGUCCUGGCUGAAGAAGUCAGGAGUACGUGUUGCCGAUCGUUCUGUAUUCGAACAUGCUUCUCUUUGCCGUGUGUUGGACUACAUGACGUCCUAUGACCAACUCAACUUGCCUGCGCUCGCCUCUGCGGAAGCCCUCAAUCGGCGCCGUUCCCUGAUUGAGAUUGCCCAUCAGCGGCCGGAAGCCCCGACAUGCGAGGCCGCAGAGGAGAUCAUGGGUGUUAGGGAGGCUGUGGAUGGAAGUGUGGUUGACCCCGCCCUGACCCAGCACGCGGCCAAGAGGCAGGCGGCAAAAGCUGAGGUCCUCAAGCAAACUCGUUUGGCUGCUGAGGAACGAAAGCAUCUUCGGCAGCGAGGCGAAGAGGAGGAAAAGGGCGGCAAGGGGAAUGGCAAGGCUAAGAACAAGACAGGGCAGGAAGUCCCGCCAGAGAGUUCACAAGAGGAGGAUGCUUGUGGAUCGCUCCAGGGGGCAGCGCUUAGGCAGCUGCUGGCUAAGAAGGCAGGGUCGCCCUAUGCGGGCGUUUUGCCGGGGCAACUUGCAAGCUACGUGAGAGAGCGACUUUCGCUACCCCGUGAUCAAACUGCACCAGUGUCACUUGAUGAUUUGCUUCCGGAGGUUGAAAGGCGUCAACUGCAGAACUUCAAGUCCGAGAUGAUGCUGAGCGAUGAGGAGAUUGCCGGGGUUUUGGAGAAGGGUUUGGAGAAUGAUAGAUAUAUGGAUCCACAGCUAGAAGGGGGCGGCAAGAAGUACCACGGCUUCAUUGCCGACUUGGUCCAGAGUAAGUUGGUCGGCUUCACAACCCAUCCUCGUGUUCAGGUAGGAGCCUUUGUGGUCACCAAGAAGGCGCAGAAGCAGCGGCUCAUUGUAGACGCUAGGAGGACCAACAAGCUGUUUCGCAAGCCUCCCUCCACACGUCUUGGCUCCAUGGAUAGUUGGGCCAGGAUUGAGCUUGAGGGUGAGAACGGUCUCUUUAUGGCGCAGGAGGACGUUCGGGAUUAUUUCUACCGCUUGCGCAUCGAUAAGGAUCUUGGUGAGUACUUCUGCUUCCCGAAGAUUGACCCUUUGUUGUUGAAGGAGCAGCUGGGCUACCUCCCUGAGGAAGUUGCGCGCCUUGUGGAUGAGAGCCAGGCUGACAUCCACCCUCACAUGUCAGUUUUGCCGAUGGGAUUUGCGUGGGCUUUUCAUUUGGCACACAUGGCUCACGUUGAGUUAGCCGCCCGGACAUUGCCCAAAUCUUUGCUGAUCCAGGACCGGCGUCCCGCUCCUGUGAUGGGCUUCGAGGAGGGCAGUUGCAGGCAGGCUCUCCUGAUUUAUGCAGACAACUCCAAUCAUCUGGGGGUUGACAGGGAUCAAGUCUCGGAUGACCAACAGGCCAUGUUAGCUGCUCUUCAUGAUCACGGGUUGUCCACGCAUGAUUUGGUCGAGAGCUCUACAAUGUGCGAGAGUUUGGGAGUCAGGAUUGAUGGGCUUUCCGGAACAGUCCAAAGUACCCCUUCCCGAGAUCAUCGUCUGGACCAGGCGCUUUUGGCGUGCAGCGGACGUGUGGCCUUCUCGGGCGAAGAGUUGCAGGUGCUCGUUGGUCAUAUGACUAUGAGGGCUUUGCUGCGCAGAGGGUUGCUCAGUGUUCUACGGCAUGUCUAUCAGUUCAUUCAAGAAUGCUAUGAGCAUCGGACAAGAUUGUGGCCUUCAGUCGUGAGAGAGAUUGAGCUCUUUCGGUGUCUGAUGGUGCUUGGGGUCGGUGACAUGAGAGCGGAGUGGAGCGAUCGGGUCUUCUGCACGGAUGCCUGUCUCAGUGGGUACGCAGUGAUGUCACGUAAGCUUUCGCGGAAUCUAGUCAGGUCGGUUGGAGCCGAAGAUGAACGUUGGCGAUUCUAUCGCGCACCAGGCUCAAAUGUCGCUCCCAGGGAGACGGCCUUGCUGGGACUGGAUGUGUUUGAGGAUGUUGACACAGUUCGUCCUAGAGUAGAUGGUGAGGUUUUUGGCGACUUGACUGUUGAUGACUCAUUCCCGGAGGUACCCGUGAAAGUUCUACGUCAGGAAGACUGGCGUAUGCUGUGGAGGGCUCCCUUCAGACACAAGGAGCCAGUGCAUUUGCUUGAGUGCCGAAGCAUCCUUGCCACCAUGAAGCAUGUCGCUCGUGAUUCCAAAAAACAUGGGCAGAGGGUUUUAAUCCUCAACGACAACAUGGGGGUAGUGUUAGCCGUAAUGAAGGGCAGGUGCAGCAGCUUCAGUUUGCUUUGUUUGCUUCGCCGAAUUUGGGCACACAGCCUGGCAAGUGGGGUGCGGCUUUCCGUCAGAUGGGUGGCUUCUGAGCUCAAUGUCGCGGACCGCGACAGCAGGGCCUGGGAAAAGGCCUCCCGCAAAGAGGAGGGUAGAAAUCUUCACGAAGACAGAGGUCAAUCUGGCCAACAAGAGGUGCAGGAGCCCACAUCAGCUAGAUGUGGAGGAGAGGACGGUCCGAAGCAGGAGCCGUUCGCAAAUCAGGGAGCGUGGGCAAUCUUCGCUUCCAAUGGCCCUGAAGGAUCUCGUCAAGAGCCAGGAAAAGCGACGCUGGCGUGCCAGGGAGCGGGAGAGGAAGUACGGCAGGAAGAUGAGGGCCAGAAGCUGAACAUGUUCUACGAUUUUGUGGCGUUCCACGAGCUCCCAGUGACAGGCGAAAAAGACCUGGACGUGGCGCUCUCCGAUUACGCGGACUUCCUCUUCCUGAGUGGCGAGGACUCAAGUUAUGGCCAGAAACUUCAGGCGGCUCUAGAGUUUUGGAGACCAGAAGCGGCGAGAGAGGGCUGCUUGAAGUUACCAAGAUUCAAGAGAUCCCUGAAGGGUUGGCGACGGUUGGCCCCCACUCAGACAAGGCUUCCCAUGAUCGAGUUCGUGAAGGGAGCCAUCUCUGGUGUCCUAAUCUGGGCCGGGAAGAAGGAGAUGGCGCUCAACAACGCUGGGAUCUACGACGAGGUGAGUCUUCUGGACGACAAGAGGGCGCCCUUUCUGGACCACAUCUUCAGCAGCCAUGUUGGUGUCAGACUCAGGCAAGAUGGGGAAACAGCAAACAUGUGGACAUUCACCGCCAAAGAGUUCCUCCUGAACUGGAGGAAGGCCGUGAAGGCUUUGCAGGUGGAGGACUGCGCGAUCAGCCCAUACCAGAAUCGCCACGGAGGAGCAAGCAGAGACCACCUAAUGGGUUUGAGGUCAGUGCUGGCCAUCCAGAGGCGAGGUCGGUGGGCAGUCGACUCCAGUGCCAGGAUAUACGACAAGCCCGGCAGGCUACAGCAAAUGGUGAGCAAGCAUGGAAAAUGGGCCGAUUUUGGCGAGAAGGUUCGCUUGAACUUCGAGGAGUACUACCGAAAUGGUACCUGCCCUCUUCCCCGCGGGUUGACGCAGAGAGCCGAGGAAGCCUUCAGGGGAAAAGACCAUCGAGUGCAUUUCGUCAAGACCCACAUGUGCAUGUACGGCACUCAAUGGCGGAAGGCGACAGAGCUAUUGAUUUGGCGUGCGCAACCUUUCACUCUACAGACCUGUCAUGGCCGUCAUGUUUGUGAGCGUACUGGUCGCAAGCACUUACAACUUACCGGCAUUGCGGGAGCUAAGUUCGUCACUCAGCAAGCACAGGUCUACCCUCGACGCUUUGCAGAGGCGCUUCUUUCAGGCUUCUUCGGAAACGUCUGA